GUUUUUCCUAACAUUUAUUUCUCCUUGUUCCAGGUAAAACGUUCAAUAAUGCUCAAAAUGGCGGAUGCCUGUGCUGACAGCUCGAAGCAGACGAGGUUCCAUGAGAUGCACGUGCAAAGACACAACAACGUCAGCAUAUUGUACGCAGAUAUCGUCAACUUCACACCACUAUCGGAACGACUCAGUGCUUCUGAUCUUGUGAAGACCCUCAACGAACUGUUCGGAAGAUUCGACCAGAUUGCUCAGGAGAACCAGUGCAUGCGUAUCAAGAUCCUCGGCGACUGCUACUACUGUGUGUCCGGUUUGCCAGUCUCCAGGCCUAACCAUGCCUACAAUUGCGUCAAUAUGGGUCUGCAAAUGAUAGAUGCUAUACGGUUUGUAAGAGAAGCUACAGGCUUUAACGUGGACAUGCGCAUUGGCAUACACACUGGUAACGUGUUGUGCGGCGUGCUCGGACUACGCAAAUGGCAGUUUGAUGUCUGGAGCGAUGACGUCACGCUGGCGAAUCACAUGGAGUCUGGUGGUAUUGCUGGUCGUGUUCACAUAACCAAAGCUACGCUUCUACAACUGGGAGGCAGGUUCGACGUGGAGCCUGGAGACGGUGCUUCAAGAGAAGGAUACUUGGCUGACCAUAAAGUGGAGACAUACCUCAUUGUACCACCGAAGAAAGUAUCAGAAAAUGGUCGACUCUCAGUCUGUACGGUGGAUCGGAAAGCCAGUAUUGUAUCGUCUUUAUACCAAGACAUAUCUCCCACGAAGCCAAGAGACAAUAUCAGUCCAGCUCCUUCGCAGAACAGUUUCAAUGAAAUGGAGACCUUCCCCAACAGAGUGCUAAGGACUGAGUCACUAAGAACUACCGGAGAUCUUAGCAGACGAGCAUCAGUAAAAGUGGUAGCCUUCGACAGCAAUCAAGCGACAAGUCCUGGUGAUGGACUUGGUAAUGGAACCGUGGUUACUGCCCCGAAACCCAAGAGUAGGAGUGGGUCUAUCAUUGGAGCUAUCAGCCCAAUAAUGGGAACAGCGACUCCUGGAGUACCCACACGAUCCCGUCCAUCCAGUAAGAUGACCAAGUACGUGGAGUGUUGGGGAGCAGACAAACCCUUUGCUAACAUCACUGACUCCACACUUGCUAAGAAUAUUGGAAUAUCUAGUCUAGCGAUGAUAGAACAAAAUCUACUACCACAGAGGACAACUUGUUGUGAUUGCAGUACUAAUUCGGAAGGCAUGAACCGUGUCACAUUAUGGUUCAAGAGCAGUACCCAAGAGCGUCAGUACCGCAACCAAUCAGACGCGCAGUUUAAGUACAACGUCGCCUGCGCAGCUGCCUUAUUCGCUGUGCUAGCGUUCAUACAACUAUUGACGGUGCCUAAAGGUGUAGUCCUAUACGCAUCGUUUGGUCCAACCUUGUUCACGUUGCUGGUGUUCGUGUACCUGUCGUGGUAUGACGGCAGUAUGUUGACGCGCGGGUUGCGCCCGAUAUCUGAUGUUCCGGAUGAUUUGUAUGCUGAUAACUGUACUAAGCCUGGACAGGUGGUCGCCAAUAACAGAUUUAUAAGGCUAACGAUGUUCGUUGUAUCAGUUCUUCUCAUCGGCGCAUGUGCAGUUAUUAAUUUGUUCCAGUCGUUCGUGAUAGUAGACUACCCAAUGUACCUCCGCAGUAACGCGUCCAACCUCACCGAGUAUAAUAACUUCACUGACGACGUGUCUAUGAGCGGGAUGCAUAAUAUCUACAACGAUGUCGAUUCGGCACCUAGCUACCUAUACAGUUCAGUUCUAACCCUGGCUUCGAUAUCAGUGUUCCUUCGAGUAGGCUUCGUGCUGAAACUUGCAUUAAUGUUACUGACACUGGUCACACACAUCACGUUGUUUGCGUCCGCUGAACUGUUUUAUGAGUACCAGAAGAAAGAUUUGGAGAAUGAGUUUACAAUGCUAGCAUACGCCACUAAGGCCGGUAUGGUCCUGGUGUUCCUGGCAGCUCUCCUGCACAUCCUGGACAGACAGAUAGAGUUCACAUCGAGGACUGACUUCCUAUGGAAGGACAAACUGAAGUUCGAGCAGGAAGAGGUGGAAACUAUGAGGGGGAUAAACAAGAUUCUUCUAGAAAACAUACUCCCAGCUCACGUGGCUGAGCAUUUCCUCACAUUCGUAGCAUCAGAGGCAGAGUUAUACCAUGAGAGAUAUUCGACGAUCGCUGUGAUGUUUGCGUCUAUACCGAAUUAUAAAGAGUUCUAUGAUGAGAAUGACGUCAACAAACAAGGGCUGGAGUGCUUGAGGUUGCUCAAUGAGAUUAUAUGCGAUUUUGAUAAGCUAUUACUGAAACCUAAAUUUAGCUGUAUAGAGAAAAUAAAAACUAUAGGAAGCACAUACAUGAUUGCUUCUGGUUUGAGGCCAGGCAAGGAGGAACAAAAUGAUGUGACGAGCAAAGAAGAGCAUACGGUAGCUAUACUGGUGGAGUUCGCGAUAGCUUUGAUGACGAUACUCGACCAGAUCAACAGGGAAUCCUUCCAGAGAUUCAAACUUAGGAUAGGUCUGAAUCACGGCCCAGUGAUAGCGGGCGUGGUGGGGGCUCAGAAGCCUCAGUACGAUAUAUGGGGCAACACUGUCAACGUGGCGUCCAGGAUGGACUCCACUGGGAUCAUGGGCAGGAUACAGGUCACUGAGGAUACUGCUAAGGUACUAAUGAAUGCAGGCUAUACCUGUGAAUGUCGAGGUCCAACUUACGUGAAGGGCAAGGGCACUCUAACAACAUACUUCGUGAAGACACCCAACGUCGGGGGAGGACAAUAA